UGGGCUCAAGGUGGUUCGAGAUGUGCUGAAACCACCAGUGCACCGGUAACGAACAAAUUUGAGGAAACUUUGAGGACUGAUGAUCCCAACUGGAUACCUCUCCAGGCCCGGCUUUGGCCGAAAAUCCGCACGGCAAAGGCUUGAUGUGUUGUCCGUCUUCCAGUGCCUGUUCCUUCCUUGGCUCUUUUUCUGCGCCAUCUUCGCAUUAUUGUCGUGUUCGCUCCAUUACUAUCGACCAACCUUGACCUACAUCUUGGUGGCGCUUGGUGGCCUGCUCUUAGCUACCCUCUGCUGGACCGCCUUUCGCGUGGUGAAGAGUUUGCAAGAGCCGAGUUGGUACACCUUCCUUUUCGCCACUAUGGUGGUGGCAUGGCUUCUGGGCGUGACUUUCGGCAACAUGAACUUUGCGGCCACCACCUCUCCGUAUUUCAGCUAUCUGAACAUGGAUGUCCUUCCAGAGGUCAGUGUGGAGCAAUCCACUGGGGAGGAGGUGAUGCCUGCGGGCCGCGCCUACUUUGGGAAGUCAUCGGUCUUGGACAUCAGGAGAUCGAUGGCUUUCAAAAACGUGGACACCUACUGCGUGGCGCCCAUCACGACCAAAAAAGGAGUAGUUCAGCCCUUGGCCAACUACGACUUUUGGGCCGUGGGAUUGAACUGCUGCUCCCUGAACACAGCGGAUUUUCAUUGCGGUGAAUACGAAAACCCCAAUGCGCACAGCGGACUCAGACUGCUGAACGACGAGCAGCGCAGCUUUUAUCGCCUGGCAGUGGAGCAGGCGACAGCUGCUUACAGCCUCAAGGCGGAGCAUCCCCUGUUCUUCUACUGGACAGAAGAUGCCACGGCUGAGAUGGAUUCCUUCCGUGACAAUGGCUACAAGUACUUCCUGCUCGGCAUGCUGGGUCAUUUUGCCUUCCAGACCAUCUGUGUGCUGGUGGCGAUCGCCGCCUUCUCAAACUGGGAUUUCGCCUAACAGGGCGCUAAGGAAAGCUGGACGUUGAAGGUCAAGUGAAAAUGUG